AAAGACCUCAUUUUAAUAUUGAGUAUGAUGAAACUUUAGCUAGACUUGGAAUUGUUGAAAUUGACGUUCGGGUAAAAUUGCUUGAACUUGGAAUCGUUGAAACCAUGGCUGGAUACGUUCGAGUAAGUACUGAUGGUGAUUCUUUCCAUCUUCACAAGUAG